AUUGUGAAUAAAACACAUAGACUUCGGAAGAAUGGCAUUCCCUUCCGGUUUUGUACGAAUGAGACCCAAAGGACUACUGAAUCUCUGGUCAAUAAAUUGAGACGAUUUGGUUUUGAUCUGCAAGUAUCCGAUGUCUUCGCACCCGCGCCUGCCGUCAGACAAAUGCUAAUCAAACAACAGUUAAGACCACAGCUAUUAGUAUAUCCGGAAUUAUUGCCUGAAUUCCAAGACAUCGAACAAAAGGAUCCCAAUUGUGUUGUGAUCGGAGAUGCGGCACAAUAUUUCACAUACGAUGCCAUGAAUAAAGCGUUUCAAUUACUGCUGAGUCUCGAGAAACCUAUACUUAUAUCGAUGGGAAAGGGUAAAUACUAUAAAGAGGGCAAAGAAUUGGUGUUGGAUUUGGGCGCCUAUACGGCGGGACUGGAGUACGCGACC